AUGGCGGAUACCAUUGAAAUAGAAUUAGAUAACACUACACAUUAUUCCAUACUGGGGCUAACGCCAAAUGCCACCGAUAUUGAGAUACGUAAAUCAUACAUGAACCUAGCUCGAAAGCUACAUCCUGAUAAAUCAAAAUCAGAGGCUACUGGUGAAUUAUUUAAGCUGGUAGUUCAUGCUCACUCAAUUCUGACAGAUGUAGAAAAGAAAAGAGCUUACGAUGCAGAACUACUAAAGAGUGGUUUGUAUGACUAUUUAUCAAGGGAUAAUUCCAAAAGUGGCAUAUCUCCAGAGAUACAUUCUCCAAAGCCAAGAAGGAAAAAUAAGCCGUAUGAGCAACAACCAUAUGGCUUUGGCACUGAGGAAAAUGAGAAUAAUAAAUCAAGUGUACCAAUAUUCCAGUCAUUUAAUUUGAAGUCUUAUCAAAGAACUCAAAAAUAUUCCAAAAAAGAGGAUACUGGAGGGCAACCUGGAAGAAAAAACAAAUAUGAAUCAAUGUUUACAGUAGAAACAGAUUUCAGCCAACCAGACGAGCCAAUUCCUAAUGAUAACAUUCCAUAUACUCCACAAAAAUCUCCCAUUGAGGAUGAUGAAGAUGAUGUUUCGAGGACUAAUUCAAAUAGCCCCUCGGGUCUUCCAGACUCCAAAAGCGAUGGCACUCCUCCUCACAGCAACAAUACCGCAAAGCGUAACUUGAAUAAUACUGUGGCUACACCCGAAAAUGAUAACGGAGGAAAAGGAGGAGAUGCACAAAAAGUGAGUGGCCGUUCGAAACUGCAUAAGGUAGAUACUUCAAACCCAUUCACGAACCAAAGUUUCAGUGGAAAUAACAAAACAUUUGGAAGUCAUGAUAAUAGACAUUAUGCGCGAACUAAAUACGAAACAAGAGAAAAUAACAGAAGAUCAACGUCCCCAAUCAAAUCCACGCCGACAUCUCACAAAUUCACUAGCCAUUGGAACAGUCUCAAGGAUAUAAUAGAUAAAUUGAACCAGAAUACACACAAUAGUAAAGCUGAGAAAGAAAGUAGUGUACAAACUGAAAUUGAAAGUGAUGGCGUAAGUUCCACGGUUGAAGACCCAAUCAAUAUGGAUGACUUGUCUAUAGGAGGAGGUGAAACACGGCGUAAAAAGAAAAAAGUACAAACAGAGGAUAAUACCCGGAAAGAGAGAUCCUUUGAUAUGACUAAUAUCAAUGAAACCAUUGACAAUAUUCCAAUUAGCAAAAAGCAAAGAUUUUCGCAGUCAUCUGAAAAUUUACACGAGGCAGUAAAUCAUACACUACCAAGAUUUUAUAAGAGUGAAAAAGUUAAUGACGAUAUUAGCCAAGAUUUUAACAAUCUUAAUAUAAAAUUCCCUGAUAUACCAAAUUUCCAAAUUGAUCUAUUUGAUAUAUUCCAACUGGAACAUUGUAGAACGGAAGUAAUAAUUUUCAAUGAUGAAUGUAACAAUAUAAAGGAACAACUCCUCGAAAAAUAUUUCGACAGAUUACACUCUGACGUUAAGAAUAAUGUAAAACUAAUGAAAGUCGAAAACUUUGAUUUUUGGUUGAAAAGCAGGAAAUUCGAUCUGGAGCUGAUAAACAAAAUAAACGAAUUGGAGUAUCGACAGAGUCUCGUCGCUCAGACAUUCAUCAAUCUAAGUAAAAGUGUAUACUCCUCACAAGUAUAA